AUGACAUCAUCCGAAGCGCUGCAAGGGCUGCACAGGCUGUCGCGACAAGCGAUGCCGAGGCCGCGGUGGACGGCGGUGGUGAGGACUGGCGGACGAGGGCCGGCGAGUGCGAGUGCGCGCAAAUCCAUAUGUACAGAAUGUGCGAGGAGAGGGGGAGAAGAAGGGUGGUCGACAGCGUCACGGCCGGUGGUUGCUGUGAGCAGAGGCAGGCCUGGGCGCAUACUGGAGCGAGGGUCGUCUUUGCAGAGGGUGAACUGCAGAGGGUAUGCGCAGGCCGCGCAAUCUUCUGUGCUUGCUGUGCAAGAAGAAGAAGAAGAAGAAGAAGAAGAGCCAACUGAGACGCAUGGCCCAAUGGCAGAGUACAAUGCGCGUGUCGACUCUGGCCGAUUGAAGGACGACGAACACCAGCGAAGCAUCAUCAAGAACCUCCAAGACCUCCACGACAUGCUGAAAGACUACUCCCAACCGCCCGUCCAACAACCCACCAUCGAGUCGCUACAACCCGCCAAAAAAGGCUUCUCCUCCUUGUUCUCCUUGUUCUCCUCCAGCAGCAGCAGCAGCAGCAGCACCUCCUCCGCGCUCCCCCCAAUCCCAGAAUCCCUUCCCAAGGGCAUCUACAUGUUUGGCGAUGUCGGCUCUGGCAAGACCAUGAUGAUGGACCUCUUCUACGACACCCUCCCCCCCAACAUCACGCGCAAAACCCGCAUCCACUUCCACGCCUUCAUGCAAUCCGUUCACAAGGACCUCCACAAGAUGAAAGCCCAGCACGGCGCCGACAUUGACGCCAUUCCCUUUGUCGCCGCCGGCCUCGCCGCCCGCUCCACCGUCCUCUGCUUCGACGAAUUCCAAUGCACUGAUGUCGCCGACGCCAUGAUCCUCCGCCGUCUCAUCGAAUCCCUCAUGGCCCACGGCACCGUCAUCGUCACCACCAGUAACCGCCACCCAGACGACCUUUACAAAAACGGCAUCCAGCGCGAGUCCUUCAUCCCCUGCAUCAACCUUCUCAAACGCCGCCUCACCGUCCUCAACCUCGACUCCUCCACCGACUACCGCAAGAUUCCCCGGCCUCCGAGCGGCGUCUACCAUCACCCGCUCGACGCCUCGGCCACCACCCACGCCUCACGCUGGUUCCGCUUCCUGGGCGACUUUGAACACGAUCCUCCGCAUCCGGCCGUGCACUCCGUCUGGGGCCGCGAGAUUGUCGUGCCCAAGGCCAGCGGCAAGUGUUGUUGGUUUACCUUUGACGAGAUUAUCGGCCGUGCGACGGGCGCGGCGGACUAUCUCGAGUUGACGCGCACGUACGAGGCGUUCAUUGUGACGGAGGUGCCGGGAAUGAAUUUCAGGACGAGGGAUUUGGCGAGGCGGUUCAUCACGUUUGUGGAUGCUUUGUAUGAGGCUAGGGCCAAACUCGUCCUCACCACCGCCGUCCCCCUCCCCUCCCUCUUCAUGGACUCCACCGAACUCUCCGACGCCAUCUCCUCCGCCCAAACCGCAAACCCCAACGACAACACCGAACCCGUCUCCGACGUCAUGCGCAACCUCAUGGACGACCUUGGCAUGAACAUGGCCAUGCUGAAGAAUAGCAGCAUCUUCUCCGGCGACGAAGAGCGGUUUGCGUUUGCAAGAGCGCUUAGUCGGUUGGCGGAGAUGGGGAGCCAGGAGUGGGUGGAGAGGGGUUUGGGGUUGGAGAGGAGGGGUGGGAGGGCGGAGAUGGAGGCGUGGAAGCGGGAGAGGGGGGAGAGUUGA